AUGUUGAGGUCAUACCUUUCUUCUCAGGGUGGUUCAGGCCGCCUAGUAAAUUUCAUUACAGCCUCACCAUGGAGAUCUAUUGUCCCACGGAGGUAUGGACAUGAAUUUGCACCGCAAUACAAGCAUCUUAAGAAAAAGCAAAAGGGUAGAGUACCUGUCAGAACCGGUUGUUCGGACAAGGGGACAACAUUGAAAUUCGGCUCCUUUGGAAUGAGAUUGAAAUCUGAGGGGACAAGGAUAACGGCCGCACAAUUGAGGGCUGCUGAUAAUGUACUGAUGAAAUUCGUGAAGAAAGAAAAUGGAAUAUAUUGGAAGCGUUUGUGUACAAACAUUGCUGUCUGUAUUAAGGGAAAUGCAACUCGUAUGGGAAAGGGAAAGGGUGCAUUCGAUCAUUGGGCUGCAAGAGUUCCUACAGGAAAAGUUGUUUUUGAGGUUAGUGGAAUGCACGAACAAAGUGCCAAGGAUGCUCUUCGGAGAAGUUGCGAGAAGCUCCCGGGUGUUUGGGAAUUCAUCACUAGAUCCGCCACGCCCCGCUUGGGCCUAAGAUUGGUUGGAAAACUUGCAACGAGGACAAACUAUUAUGAGAAGCUGAGACAUAACCCUACGAAAAAGUUUGCAAACGUGAUGAAAUCAAAAGAGCGUAUAUACCAACAAUACAACGGGAGAAGCCAAUGA